AUGGCAGAAGGGUUUCUGAACCCAUCCAAGUCACCGGAACGUUUGGGCCGUGAAUAUUUUGAAAUUUUAUUAUCAAGGUCAUUUUUCCAACAUGCACCUAAUGAUGAAUCAUUGUUUAUCAUGCAUGAUCUGAUGAAUGACUUGGCCACUUUUGUUGCCGGAGAAUGUUUUCUAAGGUUUGACAAUCAUAUGAAGACAAAGACAGAAGCUUUGGCAAAGUAUCGCCAUAUGUCAUUUACUCGCGAUGAGUAUGUAGGUUACCAAAAGUUUGAGGCAUUCAAAGGAGCCAAAAGCUUGAGAACAUUUUUAGCAGUAUCUCUCGGUGUAGAUAAAGGUUGGAGCUACUUUUUCUUAUCUAAUAAGAUUUUGGUUGACUUACUUCCUAGCUUAACAUUAUUAAGGGUUCUUUCUUUGAGUCGUUUUCAAAUAACUGAGGUACCAGAGUUCAUCGGUAGUUUGAAGCACUUGCGGUAUCUUAAUUUAUCUGGAACUAGGAUCGAAGUGUUACCGGAGAACAUUGGCAACCUUUAUAAUCUACAAACAUUGAUUGUUUCUGAUUGCGGAAGUCUGACUAAGUUGCCUGAAAGCUUCUCGAAGCUUAAAAAGUUGCGACAUCUUGAUAUAAGGGAUACUCCGCUUUUGGAGAAGCUGCCAAUGGGGAUUGGUGAGUUGGAAAGCCUUCAGACUCUCACCAAGAUCAUCAUUGAUGGAGAUGAUGGUUUUGCAAUAAAUGAGCUCAAGGGAUUAACAAAUCUCAAUGGGAAAGUUUCCAUUGAGGGAUUGCACAAAGUGCAAAGCGCAAAGCAUGCACGGGAGGCGGACUUAUCUCUAAAAAAGAUUACUGGAUUAGAGCUGCAAUGGGUUGAUGUGUUUGAUGGCUCACGAAUGGAUACACUUGAAGAGGAAGUUCUCAAUGAGCUGAAACCUAAUAGUGAUACAUUGAAAACGCUUUCAGUCGUGUCAUACGGGGGAACACAAAUUUCAAAUUGGGUUGGUGAUCGCUCUUUUCAUGAGUUGGUUAAUGUGUGUAUACGUGAUUGUAGAAAAUGCAAAUCUCUACCCUCAUUCGGGUUGCUCCCUUCGCUUAAGAGGUUGCAGAUUCAAGGCAUGGAUGAGGUUAAAAUCAUAGGUUUGGAGUUAACCGGAAAUGAUGUUAACGCCUUCCGUUCACUUGAAGUUCUAACAUUUGAAGAUAUGUUUGGAUGGGAGGGGUGGUCAACAAAAAAUGAGGGUUUAGCAGCAGUGUUUCCAUGCCUUAAAGAGCUUUAUGUAGAGAAUUGUCCACAGUUGAUUAAUGUCUCACUUCAAGCACUGCCUUCACUCAAGGUUCUUGAAAUUGGUAGUUGUGGUGAUGGUGUGCUGAGAAGUCUGGUUCAUGUAGCUUCAUCAGUCACUAAAUUGAAAAUAAGUGAUGUAUCAGGGCUUACAUAUGAGGUGUGGAGAGGAGUUAUAAGGUAUCUUAAGGAAGUUGAAGGAUUAAGUAUCGGGAGAUGUAAAGAAAUAAAAUACUUGUGGGAAUCAGAAACAGAGGCAAGUAAGCUUCUUGUGAGAUUAAAGGAAUUGAGUUUACAUAGAUGUUCAGGUUUGGUAAGUUUAGAAGAGAAAGAGGAGGAUGGCAAUUUUGGGAGCAGCACCGACCUGUUAUCUCUUAGAAGUUUGUAUGUAAAUUCUUGUAGAAGCAUAAAGCGUUUAUGCUGUCCAAAUAGCAUUGAGAGUUUGGGAAUUGUUGAUUGUUCAGUUAUUACAGAUGUCUACCUCCCAAAAGAAGGAGGGAAUAAGCUCAAAUCACUUAGUAUACGCAGAUGUGAAAAACUUGAGGGAAAAAUCAACAACACAAGCAUGCCAAUGCUUGAAACCCUAGAUAUUGAUAAAUGGGAAAAUCUAAGAUCAAUCAGUGAAUUGAGUAACUCCACUCACCUCACCAGCCUGGAGAUAAUAGAAUGCCCACAUAUCGUGUCACUUCCAGAGCUUCAGUUAUCAAACCUCACCCGUUUGUCAAUUUGUUAUUGUGAAAGUCUGGUGUCAUUACCUGAGCUAUCGAAUAUCACCAGUUUGUUAGUUAGAAAUUGUAAAAGUCUGGAGUCAUUACCUGAGCUAUCAAACCUCACCAGUUUGUCAAUUAGUAAUUGUGAACGUCUGGUGUCAUUACCUGAGCUAAAGAAUCUCGCCUUGUUAAAAGAUCUGCAAAUCAGAAGGUGUCCAGGUAUUGAUGUUUCCAUUUAUGGUGGGCGUUGGCCUCCCAAAUUGUGUUCCCUUGCAAUAGGGGGGUUGAAGAAGCCCAUAUCAGAGUGGGGGGAUCUGAAUUUUCCAACUUCCCUUGUUGACCUAACGUUAUUUGGUGAACCCAAUGUGAGGAAUUUUAGUCAGUUGUCCCACCUUUUCCCUUCUUCUCUUAUAUCUCUGGACAUAUCCGAAUUUGAUAAUCUGGAAUCACUAUCAAUGGGACUCCAACACCUCACAUCUCUUCACCAUCUUAAAAUUUGGAAUUGCCCAAAGGUGAAAGAUCUACCAGAGAUGCUUUUACCUUCACUUUUGAAUUUGAGAAUUGUUGGAUGCCCAAAAUUGAAAGAAAGGUGUGAAGGAAGAGGCUCCCACUACUGGCCCCUCAUCUCUCAUAUCCCCUGCGUCGACAUAUAA